CAUUUACCCUAGCCCUUAUCAGAAAUAGUGUUUUGUUUACUUCCGGUAUAUUAACAUACUAACAUCAUGCCCGGGCCAUCGAAAUUUCAGAAGAAAAACUAUAAAAGACUAAGACAACACCAAAUGAUAGGAUGGAAGUAUGCUGCUUUUGUCGGAGGCAUUGUUGGAGCAAUCGGUCUUGCUUUGUAUCCAAUUGCAAUCCAACCUAUGAUUGAUCCUACCAAGUGGCAAGAAAUUCAGAAAGAAGCAAGAGCAGGAUAUGAUGUGGAAAAGAUACAACCUGGAGAAAUGAGAGUGUGGACUAACCCCAUGAAAUCAAAAAGCGAGAAGGAGUAAGAGGAGGAUACGAUGAUGGAAGGAGUAGAAGAACAGUUGUAGGCGUAUAAAUAUAUACCUACAUGUACUUAAUGUAAAGGGAGCGGCAAGACAUGAUUGAGGAGAAGGAGGAGAACAGAAUUAAGUGACAGACACGACCAGACUGAGAGGCCGACACAACCAAACAAGUUCAGUCGACAGAAAGUGUGUAUUAUAAAAAUACUUGAAUUUCGAGACUGUUGUGUAUAAGUUAAGGUACAUUGUAACAAAUGAUUAAAUGACAUUGAAACUUUGACUCUACUUGGGGAUGUUAGAUUUAGAAGACACGGAACCUUGCUGUGUGCUGUGGUGUGAGAGAGUGUGUAUAUAUAUGAUACACAUCAUGUAAAUAGAUUUUGUCUGUGAGCAUGAAUGCCAAGUAGCCGAUUCAGAUAGGAUAAUUGGAUGUGAAUGUAUGUAUAUUUGUCAGUUGACCUAAAUAAAAGUGCUCUGGAAAUGAAAA